GGGUGUCCGUCCGUCCGUCCGUCCGUCAGUCAUGUCGUCGUCUCCGCCGCCGCCGCCGCUGGAGAAGCCGCAGGUGAUCGCCCACGCGCAGCAGGGCCUGAGCUACACGGCCUUCGAGUGCAAGUGGGUCCCGUGCAGCGCCCGCCUCCUCUGCCUGGGCAGCUUCCCGCGCGGCACCGGCGUCAUCGAGCUCUACGAGCUGCAGGGCGGCCGCCUCCGCCUCCUCCGCCAAAUCGAAAAAUCAAAGCCUAUUAAAUGUGGAACGUUUGGCGCUUCUUCUUUGCAACAGAGAUAUCUAGCUACAGGAGACUUUGGUGGAAACUUAAAUAUAUG